UUCAUAAUGUUCUUGGAGGAGAAUAUAAUGAUCUCUAUCUUAAGAUAGAUGUACUUAGUCUAGCAAAUGACUGGACAGCAUUUAGAAAGACAUUUAUGCAUUAUUAUGGCCUUGAUCCAAGUAUCUGCACCUUCUCUAUUCUAGAAUGCCAUGCUCAAAAUUAUCAAGGUGGUAUUGCUAUGGCACUACAUAGACAUUUUCAAGCAAAUAAUCCUAGUAUA